CCUUUCAACAGAAAAGCGGCAAUUUCUGACAUCAAAACAAACAAAUAACAAUAAAAACCAAAAAUAAUAAAAACACAUAAUGGAGGACAUAAACUUCCACGAUUUCACGCCCAAGGAGCGCUAUGAGAUCAUCAAGGACUUUCUGGUCAAGAUGCGCAGAGCCGACUCGAUGCCAAGCAAGGACUUGCAUGUCCAACGAUUCUUCGAGCAUUAUUUACGAAAAUUCUACAAACUACCUUAUAAAUUGGUCAAUGAUAUUGCAUACUGCCAACGGGCCAUGAAAACACACCUGGCUAUCCAUCAGACAAUCGUCAGUGUUUUUGGACAGCAGGCCGAUGCUGAUCCCGUGAUCAAAAACAAAUACAUAGUCGAACUGGAGGAAAUGCUGCACGAAUUGAAUGCAGAAUGUCACUACUUGGUGCUUCGCCUCCAGGAUGACAUAGAUCGCUUCUGCUUGGCCUUCACGGAGCAGGACCUCCAGCCCAACAAGCUGGUCAUCAAGGAUAUUGUAAGUGAAGCCAUAGUGCCGCUCAUCGUUGCCCCAGAAACUUUCAUCAAGCCGUAUUUCGUUUUGGAGCGGCCCAGCGAGAGUGAAUUGCUUAGGAAGUAUUUCAUAAUAGAAGGAGGCGAACCCGCCAUAGAAGUUCCUCUUGCUGAGGAACCACCAAAGACAAAGCCAAAGUCAAAGCCGAAGCCUAAGCCGCUUCAAUCGUCACCCGACAACCUGGAUGUAAGGAAGAGUCGUCUCAAUCUGCAGGCAGCUCUAAAUCGUGCGCAUUCAAAAUCCCAGCCAGCGGAGAGGAAGGAAGAAGAUGAAGAUCAGGGGGAUCCUAUGAAAAAUUCCUUUAUGCAAUCUGUGGGUCUCUGCUCCCAUGCCCAGUACAAGCGACUCAAGUUGUCCAUGGUUUUGCUCCAGAAGCGUAAGCCUAAGCCAAGUGAGAAGACCAAAUAAUAGCCGCCACUACUCGAAAUGGGGACCUCUGUUUUUGUUCUGUUCCUAUAAAGUUUUUAUAAGAAUGUUUUAUAUUUAUAUAGGCUUAAGGGACGCAAGCACGGGAUAACGUAAAUAAACUGGUGAAAUAAUAAGGGUGUAAGCAAUGCCAGAAAAAGAA